CUCAACGAUUUUUUCGCUUUCAGAUCCAUUACAAGCUAAUUUCGUUCAAGUAACAGUAUGUUAAUUAAUACUAGUGAAGCAUCCUCAGUCAGAUUAGGGCAUACGUAGCGUUUAGCGGAAAUAUUUUUCGCUCGCACCGUUUUUCCUUAUGUUUUGCUGCUAUUUUCCUUCUCUUCGUUGUAUUAAUUAAUUUGUUCUUUGUUAUUGUAUCCGAAAAGAUAAAUUAAUAUAUAUCUGUGAAUUAAACACAAUUCUUUACGUUUAGAUUGUUCAUUGUCGGUUUCUUUUUUGUGUGAUGAGUUAGGUGUUAUUUGAUAAUGGAGGAGAAUUCGAUUUGUAUUCCUGGUGAAAGACUUGGUAGCUCAGAACAAUAUCAACCUGGAAAAGGAACUUAUGUACGACAUGGAUUUGUAUUUGCUUCCAUUGCUGGAAGUAUUAAAAAAGAAUCUGAUAAGUCUGGUAAUCUACCAUUAAUCCAUGUGCAAUCAAUUCAUACCAAGCAACAUAUACCUCAGAUUGGAGGAAUAGUGAUUUGUAAGAUGACACAACUCACUUCAGCGUUUGCCAAAUGCAAAAUCAUUUCAGUUCAAGGAAGUAAUCAUACUGCUGCCUUUCGUGGAAUUAUUCGAAAAGAAGAUGUGCGUGCAACAAACAGAGACAAAGUUGAAAUUUAUAAAUCAUUUCGUCCUGGAGAUAUUGUGGUAGCAAGAGUUUUAUCACUUGGUGAUGCUUUGUGUUAUCUUUUAAGCACUGCUGAAAAUGAACUUGGGGUGGUAGUUGCAUUGAGUGAGAACGGAACAGCAAUGAUUCCACUUGCACACGAUCAAAUGCAGUGCCCGAUAACACUGCUUAAGCAAUUUCGUAAAGUUGCGAGACCACAAUCUAAACACAUAUCUUUUCCAGAAAAUUCUAAAAGUGCAUUGACUAAUGAGUCUACUGUUUCUUGAUAACCAAUAUUUUUGAAUGUCCGUUGUAUUUGUUAAAAAAUAGCCUAUGCUGGGUGUCAGUAGGCUACGUAUAAAGUUUGUGUAUAAAUAACAUGCAACAAUUUUUCAAG